AGAUUAAUUAAUAAAAAUUUAAUUUUUAUUUUACAGAGCCGCCGCAGAUUAUUUGGAUGACCGAAGAUCACAGCGAAGAUUUUAACCCAGAGCAAUCCGAUUUGCAAAUAGAAGCUGUCAAGUACGCAUGCCUGAACCCGAACUGCACGAAAACUUUUAGCGAUAAGAGCAAUCGCAAUACUCAUUACAAUUACCAGUGCGGAAAACCCCCGAGAUUCAAGUGUCCCUAUUGCAAUCAUAGGUCACAUCGCAAGGCCGAUCUCAAAGCUCACGUCAGCGCCAGACAUUACGGGCUCGAAAAUUACGUCAUUGAGCUGUACAACCCUUGCAAAAAAAUUUACGCUACUAAGUCAUGUAUGUGUGCAGAUUUAAGUGUCAAUCAAUUUUUACUAACAAAUAAAUUUUAUUUUACAGGAUCGCAAAGUGGACAGAGAAGACGACGGUCAGUAAGAAGUAUUCCCGGACUAACGAAAGGUUAUUACUUCUGUCCCAAUGACAAUUGCGGUAGAAGUUAUAAAGCCAAAGGAACUUUAUUGACUCACUUGAAAUACGAGUGUGGACAAGCGCCUCGCUUUAUGUGCUCGUAUUGUGGAUUUAAGACCAGUUUUAGAAGUAAUUUAAGGCGACACUUGAACCAACGUCAUCCUGGCAAGGAGAUUCGGAUCGUUGAUCUCGUUAAAAUGCGAUGAUUCAAUUGUUAAUAUUUAAUUUUUCUGUAUUUUUUACUUUCCUCCAACUUUAAAUAAAUUUUCAUCGAAAUUAACGCGAUUUACAUAUUUUAAUUAUUUAUGUUUAAUAAAUAUGUACCAUAUUUACUAGGAGUAGUUAAUUGCAAUUAUUUUAGAAUUAUAUUUUACAGAAAUGAUUUUUUUUUCAGGAUCUAGAACUUCAAGGCGGAUUUAAAAAUUCUCCCGCUAAAUUUAGCAAUGGCGCGAAAACAAAAAUUUAAAAAUAAUUUUUACAAUUUUCUUUUUAUUAGAAAAAUUAGAAAUUUUCACGCACGCACACAGAAAAUUUCUAUUUUUUUUAGCGGUCAAAAAAAUUAAUUUUAUUUUUCAAAUUUUUAAAUUUUCGCGCCAUUACUAAAUUUAGCCAGAGUUAGAACUACAGCAUUUUGUGUGCACAAAAAGUGCAGCACGUGUGUUUUCAGCAAUGGUGUGAAACCGGCACAGCACAAAAAUUUAUUGCGCACAAUACUAAAGUAUACCAGCAAAAAAAAACAAAUUUUUCUUAUUUUUCAGUCUACAAAUCUAAAGUAUUCGUCGCGGAUGAACUGUACCGAAGAUUUGUCGAAUCACCAGAACUCACACAGUCAUCGAUAAUUGACUCAAAUGAAUAUCCUUUAAAUUACGGUUGCAACCGGAAGACUAUGGGACUACUACCGGAAAUAGAAGAGUCACAAAGUUAAUGCGGAAACAAAGAAGAAGAAAUACUCGUGCCCGAAUUCUGAGUGUAAUCGGGUGUUCAAAAUG